AUGGUGCUGUUAUGUAAUUGCCAGUUACUUUGUGAUGCUAGGUCUUUGAGUAAAGUGAUGGUAAUUCUAGCUAACGUUUUGACCACUGUGACUGCUGCACUCCUGAGCGCAUGGGUUGAUACGGUUCCACUGGACACAUACUUUAAUUUUAAUAAGGCAUCCGGAUUUGGCGACUUCUAUUUGAAUGUAUCUGUAAUUUGGGCAAAUGAAACUCUUUAUGACACCAGAACUGUCCCAGCUAUUAUCAAUGUCCUCCAAAGGCUUGACAAUAUGGAUGCAAACGAACCUACACUUAGUGUAGUUAACCCAUACGAUACUUCAAGCUUCAAUUCUAUUUCAACUGCAGUGCCUGCUAGUGAAGAAUACAAAAGUAGCAUACGUGAUGUGCAAAAGAUGUGCUACUUAUCACACAAGUACCUUGCGCAGGAAGGGUACUCCAAACCGGGGCCAUCGCAUUACCAGACGAAGAUAUAUUCUUUAUGA